CUUUAAAACUGUUUGUUUCAGAGGAAAAGGGAGUCUUUUACAGAAGCAGCCUCGUCGUUAACUCCCUUAAUGAAACUGGACAAAGAUUUACCAACCAGAUGACCCACUUUCCUGUUGGUGCAACAACAUGGCACUGAUGAAGCAGAAGUGAAAGAGUUCAUUCACCCGCUGAUCACCACUGACCUUUACAUUUGUUCUGGGGCCAAAGGCCUUUCAUGGCAUGUUGGGCUCGUUUCCCGGAGGACAGAUUACUAAUCCGAGUAAUAACGUUUGAGGAUAUGAGAGUAAUUCUACUUCUGGCAAACGGUUUCGAAACUCCCCCCUUGAGAAGGAGUUUUGUUAAGACAAGCUUCAAGCUGCAUCCCCCCUGGGGUUGUUACGGGAAAUGGGGAACUAACAGUAAACAGUCUGUGCAGCAGGCCCCUGGAUGGGUCACCCUUCGCUCACACAGCCUUAAUAGGACUUGUUUUGCCAGUCAGUAUUGAUCCUGCUGAGAGAGGAGGGUGUUCACUGUUUGAACAGCGCUGUUCGUCCUCUCAUACUCACACUGAAGAUGGCUGCUGGGUUGCUGUUGCUGGUUUGUGCUGGAGCUGUGCUGUACUCGGCAGAGGCUCAGGAUCCUUACAAUGAGCUGGGUGAUCUCCACAAGAAGGGAGUGGAUCUGGCCUUGGAGCAGCUCAACUCUCACGCCAUGGUGCAACACCAUUUUCGCUUCUUGAAGAGUCUGGGGAAGUCAGAAAUCGAGGUAAGGUGGCAUGAAAAUUUUGUCUGGAAUAUUACGAUUGUUGUUUUGUGAUGGAAAUGCCCAAAAACAAAGUAGUGUGGCUUCUAUGGACAAAAACAGAGAUUGAUGGCUCAGCAGAAUUGAAGAAACACUUCCUCUAAAAGGAUUUAAAGCAGUCUGAAAGUAUCUGAUGCAUCUGAUCAGCCUGAAUCUUUAACUUGAGUCUUAAUUUAGGAAAAAUAGACUGAAAUUUGGUCUUAGACUUCUCAACUCCUGGUUUCUUUACUCCUCACGUCUGCGUUUAAGGUUGGACGUUCUGGCUCUGCCUUCAGGGUUUUUUUAACAUCUGCUCAGGCCAACAGCUCUUUGAGUCAACAUGUUUUCAGGAAGGGUUUGGUUUAUUCCAGGAAUCCUCAGAUUAGGUGUGUCUUACCAGGAAUAUUUGGCUCAAAGCGAGGAUUAAAAAAUUAGAUAAGUGUGCCACAUUUGAGCUGGAUUCUCUGAAAUUUAAGCUGAAAAGCAGCUUUUUAGGUAACGGUAUAAUUAGUUCGCUUUAAGAAUUGUAAAUACCAUAAAAAAUCUGAUUUUUUUAAGCAUAUAUUAUAUUGUUGUGCAAUUUGAAGACUUUGACCUGUGAUCAAUAUAUUUGACAUGCAAAAAACAAAUUUCAUGAUUAGAGUUGAACGGUCAAGGAAAAAAGUGGAGUCAUAUUUUGCAGCUCACCUUUUAAAUGAUUCUCCAACAGUCUGGAUUUGGUGUGCGGUACCUCUACCACCACUUCUACCUGAAACCCACCAGGUGUGCCAAAGGAACCACUGACUCCACCCCUCAGAGCUGUCCCUUCAGGAAUGACAGAGUGAGUGAAGCGAUUAUGUCAGAUAUACUCUGCGCAGCAUUAAAAAAAACAUAACCUCCAAUGCUCAUGUUUUGUUGUUUUUAAUGACUUUUCAGCCGUUGAUGGACUGUGCAGUCUGCUACAAAACAUCAGAGGACCAGAUUGAGCCAAACCCCAAGCCGUAUGUUCACUGCAUCCAGAAACCAAGACUCACAGAGGUAUCUUUUAUUUCUUCUUCAAAUAACUCUAUGCUUUGUAAACUUCACUGAAGAGGUUCAAUUUUGAUUUUUUAAACAGUGGUGACCCACCUUUUAUGCACUCGCAGCCUCGGCUAGAUGUUCCGGCUUGCUUACUGAAUGUCUGUUAUUUGUUCCAUUAAGUUUAAAACAAUCAGUCUUCUGUAUGGGUUUCGAUAUGCCAAUCCGUUUUCUUUCUGCUUCCUGUGUGCCACACCUGAAACAAUUAGUGGGCACUUUAAAUAGUCUUUUUGUGACCCCUACAGCGCCACACAGGUGAACACUUCAAAAAUGGCUAAAAACGGCUCCACCAAACAGUCAGAAAUCUCUCAGAAAACGGUCAAAUUUACUCGUAGAAGCGACACACCAGACUACAGAGUCUGCAGGUUAAAAAUGUUCAAUUGGUUUUUUGAGAGUGGAUUAAGUUAGCAGAGCUAGCACCACCUGCCUUGGUCAACAUCCACACGCCACAUGGAGUUGUAAAUAAGUGAGUUUAACUGGAUCUCCUCUCAGCUGGUAGCUACACUAGCGGCUAGCACUUUCCUUGUUGUACAUAUAUGAUGAGAAAUCUGUAACUCCUCAAAAUGACACCUUUGGAAACUUAACUCUUUAAUGCCUGACACCUCAAAUUUUAGCAAUAAAAUUCAAAUUUUUUGGAGCUGAAAUGUUUAUUUCAUUUACUACUGAAAACCCCAAAAAUCAAAAAGUCCUUAAAAUUUAACAAAUAUAUUUAUUUAUCUUGUUUGAUACAUUAGAUGUUUUUGGAAACUGAUAAACUACAAGAGGACAUUUUUAUCAUUUAUCGGACUGUAUUCAUGUGUUUUUUUAGUAAUUGGUUGAUUAUAUUGAUUUGAUAGAAGUCUAUUAAAGUAUGUAUCAAAUAUGAUACAAAGGGCAUUAAAGGGUUUAACAAAUUCAGACACAUCGCAAACAUGGUUUAAAAUUGGUUUAAUCAGGAUGAUAGGUAUACUCGAAUUUGACUGCAGCAUGUCUUAACCAUGCUCAGUUUUCUCCUGACAGUUACGCCUUUACAAUAAUAAACCUGUUUAUUUUUUCCUCUUGUGUUUCAGGCUAUGAAGACAACUAGGAUAGAGCACUGCAAAAAAAUGAAUUACAACAGCGGAGCUCCAACACUGCUGGCUGUUCAGAGCUAAAAUCCAAAUAUUCAGGGGGGAAAAAAACACAUUUUCUCCAACAUAUGACAGAAUAAUCCUGCUACAUGCUUGUUUAACUGCAGCAAGGUUGCUUUCAUAUCAUUGUCAUCAUCCCUUGGUGAUAAUUUAUACAUUUAUAAAACAGAAAACCAUCAAAUUAAAGCAUGUGUUUGCUCUCAUGAAAAGCUGAUGCUGCAACUUCACCCAAAGUUCAACUCCGCUGCGCACAAAGUCGUGUGUAUGCUUUUAAAAUCACUGUUAUCUUGAUGUACGGCUGUGUGAAUAAAAAAAAUAAAAAGGUUGUGAUGUAACUUGG